AACACGCACCAAAACACCUUGGAAAGGCACGCGGAGAACAGAGCUUGCUUUGUGGUUCUGCAGCUUCAGCAAUGGAGCAACUUAGUACUCCAUUACAGGGAGUCACUAAUGAUAUCAAAGGAAGGUUAUCAUGCUAUAAAAAUGACUGGCUUGAUGCCUGUGGUUCUGGUGUAAGGAUACUGGCUCCCACUGCUUACAUAUUCUUUGCAUCAGCUCUUCCUGUUAUUGCCUUUGGAGAGCAAUUGAGCAGAGAAACAGAUGGAAGCUUGAGCACCGUGGAGACUCUCACUUCCACUGCUCUUUGUGGUGUCAUCCACUCUGUUUUUGGUGGACAGCCUCUCUUGAUUUUAGGAGUUGCAGAACCAACAAUUAUUAUGUAUACUUACUUGUACAAUUUUGCCAAGGGUAGGCCAGAGAUGGGGCAGGGGCUGUUUCUAGCAUGGGCAGGAUGGGUCUGCGUUUGGACUGCCAUCCUGCUCUUCCUUCUUGCAAUAUUCAAUGCUGCCAAUAUUAUCUCUAGAUUUACAAGGAUUGCAGGGGAACUUUUUGGCAUGCUUAUUACUGUUCUUUUUUUGCAAGAAGCUAUUAAGGGUUUGGUGAGUGAGUUUACCAUUCCUAAAGGUGAAAAUCCCACAUCAGAAGCCUACCAGUUCCAAUGGCUUUAUGCAAAUGGGUUAUUGGCAGUUAUCUUCUCGAUUGGUGUGAUGAUCACUGCUUUGAAGAGUAGGAGAGCUAGGUCUUGGCAAUAUGGUACAGGAUGGCUUCGAGGUCUCAUUGCGGACUACGGUGUUCCCUGCAUUGUUGUGCUAUGGACAGCGUUGUCUUAUAGUGUACCUGAAAAAGUUCCUGAUGGAGUUCCCAGGAGGCUCUUUUCUCCUCUUUUUUGGGAUCCUGAAUCAUUGCACCACUGGACGGUUAUGAAGGAUAUGGCAAGGGUUCCUGUUGGAUACAUCUUUGCUGCCUUUAUACCUGCUUUAAUGAUAGCAGGUCUAUACUUUUUCGACCACAGUGUAGCUUCACAGUUGGCACAGCAGAAAGAAUUCAAUCUUCAAAAACCAUCUGCCUAUCAUUACGAUCUCUUACUUCUCGGCUUCCUGACAUUGCUUUGCGGGCUGCUGGGACUUCCUCCUUCAAAUGGGGUCCUUCCACAGUCACCCAUGCAUACCAGGAGCCUUGCAGUCCUCAAGAAGCAGUUGAUUCGUAAAAGAAUGGUAAAGAGUGCGAAAGAAUGCAUGAAGCAACAAGCAAGCCACACAGAGAUCUAUGGAAAGAUGCAUGCUGUUUUUGUGGAGAUGGACCCUGCUUCGCUUACUGCUGUGGACAAAGAAUUGGAGAACCUGAAAGAUGCAGUCUUGAAACAUGAAGAUGGAAAAGAUGCAAAUGGGACGUUUGAUCCAGAAAAAUGCGUUGAUGCAAACUUGCCAGUCCGAGUGAAUGAGCAAAGAGUGAGCAACUUGUUGCAGUCCGUGCUUGUGGGCCUCUCUGUAUUUGCUAUGCCUUUGAUCAAGAUGAUUCCUACAUCAGUUCUCUGGGGAUAUUUUGCAUACAUGGCCAUUGACAGUCUCCCCGGUAGCCAGUUCUUUGAGAGGAUGUUGCUACUCUUCAUUCCUCCUGGUCGACGUUUCAAGGUCUUAGAAGGAGCACAUGCUUCAUUUGUGGAGUCUGUGCCGUUCAAAAUCAUUGCAGCAUUCACUCUGUUCCAGUUUGUAUAUCUUUUGAUUUGUUUUGGUAUAACAUGGAUACCAAUUGCUGGAGUGCUCUUCCCAGUACCGUUCUUCAUUCUUAUAAGUUUAAGAGAACAUGUCCUUCCCAAGUUCUUCUCUCCUCAUGAUCUUCAAGAACUAGAUGCGGCUGAGUAUGAUGAAGUCGCUGGAAAUCCAUUCCACCGCAAAAGGAGUCUGAAUAUCAGGGAAGAUGAGUCACAGCCUGAUACUGAAGAUUACGAUGCUUUUGAUUGGUCACCUGAUGAGGUAUUGGAUGAGAUGACAACCAACAGGGGUGAAUUGAAGCGCAGGUCUCAAAACUUCAAUGAAAGGCAAUACCAGGUUUAUCCAGAAGGCCCGGGAUAUAGUAACAGCUAAAGGCGUACACGCUGACAUGAACAUUUGUGAUUUCCCAAACAAGAUUUUUGGGAAUAGUUUUGUCAAUGUAUCUUCUUGAUUGACUAUAGGACAUGAAGAAAACUAUAGACUACUUUGAGAAGAAGAAAAGAACAGAAAGGUGAAGGAAGAGAAACUUUUCACUCUAUUUCUUCAAAUUUUUACACACUAGAAGAAGCAGUGGAGAACUUUUGGAAGAAUUCCUUAAGGCACUUAACGUUGCUUAGGCUCUGAGCUGCCAAGCAGAAGCGGAUGGAAGGAAUAAAAGGAAGAGGAAAGCAUAAAAUGAUUGUUGGAUUAGAACAUAUACACUUGUUCACAAAGCUGAAAGAUGAAGGGAUGCAGUUCACAAGUAGUUAAUUCAAGAAUUGCCCUACUAUGAUAAUUCAGAAUUUGUUAGAUGCAUAGUGAAAUAGAAACUUUAGAAAAUAACAGUUGUAUCUUUUGGAUUGUUGUUUUUAAGUAGUUAGACAACUGCCCUGUUUGGCCUUGUAUCCCUAAACCAAGGCUUCAUGGGCAAGUAAAAUAGUUUUUCCUAGGACAUAUUUGUACCUUUAAAGUGCUACCAUUUUCAUUCCAUAUUAACUACACAGGUU